GGAGACUGUUGAGGGAGGGGGGAGGGGGGACACAGAGGGAGGAAGAAGCGGCGGCGGCGGCUCCUCUUUGCAGAGGGGGAAAACUCCGAGGGAUAAGAGCAGGAAUAAUGCGGUAGGCAAGGCGGGCUGCUCGCUCCCGGCUCCCGGCUCCGGCAGCAGCAGCGGCAGCCCGAGCAGCGGCAGCAGCAGCGGCAGCACCUCCAGCAGCUGACAGCCCCGCCGGCAGGCUCCCUCGCUGACCGCCGACUGUCAAUGGAGCUGGAAAACAUCGUGGCCAACACGGUCUUGCUGAAAGCCAGGGAAGGGGGUGGAGGAAAGCGCAAGGGGAAAAGCAAGAAGUGGAAGGAAAUCCUGAAGUUUCCUCACAUUAGCCAGUGUGAAGACCUCCGAAGGACCAUAGACAGAGAUUACUGCAGUUUAUGUGACAAGCAGCCAAUUGGGAGACUGCUUUUCCGGCAGUUCUGCGAAACCAGACCUGGGCUAGAGUGUUACAUUCAGUUCCUGGACUCAGUGGCAGAAUAUGAAGUUACUCCAGAUGAAAAGCUGGGGGAAAAAGGGAAGGAAAUUAUGACCAAGUACCUCACCCCAAAGUCCCCAGUUUUCAUUGCCCAAGUUGGCCAGGACCUGGUCUCCCAGACGGAGGAGAGGCUCCUACAGAGGCCCUGCAAGGAACUCUUUUCUGCCUGUGCACAGUCUGUCCACGACUAUCUGAAGGGAGAGCCCUUCCAUGAGUAUCUGGACAGUAUGUAUUUUGAUCGCUUUCUCCAGUGGAAGUGGUUGGAAAGGCAACCGGUCACCAAAAACACUUUCAGGCAGUACCGAGUACUAGGAAAAGGGGGCUUUGGGGAGGUCUGCGCCUGCCAGGUUCGGGCCACGGGUAAAAUGUAUGCCUGCAAGCGCUUGGAGAAGAAGAGAAUCAAAAAGAGGAAAGGGGAGUCCAUGGCGCUUAACGAGAAGCAGAUCCUGGAGAAGGUCAACAGCCAGUUUGUGGUCAACCUGGCCUAUGCCUACGAGACCAAGGAUGCGCUGUGCUUGGUUCUGACCAUCAUGAAUGGGGGUGACCUGAAGUUCCACAUUUACAACAUGGGUAACCCUGGCUUUGAGGAGGAGCGAGCCUUGUUUUACGCGGCAGAGAUCCUCUGUGGCUUAGAAGACCUCCACCGGGAGAACACCGUGUACAGAGAUUUGAAACCCGAAAAUAUCCUGCUAGAUGAUUAUGGCCACAUUCGGAUCUCGGACCUGGGUCUGGCCGUGAAGAUCCCCGAGGGAGACCUGAUCCGCGGCCGGGUGGGCACCGUCGGCUACAUGGCUCCGGAGGUCCUGAACAACCAGAGAUACGGCCUGAGCCCUGACUACUGGGGUCUGGGCUGCCUCAUCUAUGAGAUGAUCGAGGGCCAGUCACCAUUCCGGGGCCGCAAAGAGAAGGUGAAGCGGGAAGAAGUGGACCGCCGGGUCCUGGAGAUGGAGGAGGUGUACUCCCAAAAGUUCUCCGAGGAGGCCAAGUCCAUUUGCAAAAUGGAAGCCCACCCUGCCUGCGCCACUUGCCCAGCUCACACCACUUCUCCCCCUUGCUUCUCCCGGUGUACACUCGAUGUCAGAGUUGCAAACAGGCAGCGUGUUGGUGGAUGUUCAGCCUGCAUGGUGUUUCAGAAAGAGCUGCUCACCAAAGAUUCAAAGCAGAGACUGGGCUGCCGGGAGGAGGGGGCUGCGGAGGUCAAGAGACACCCCUUCUUCAGGAACAUGAAUUUCAAGCGCUUAGAAGCCGGGAUGUUGGACCCUCCCUUCAUUCCAGACCCCCGCGCCGUGUACUGCAAGGACGUGCUGGACAUCGAGCAGUUCUCCACCGUGAAAGGCGUCAACCUGGACCACACAGACGAUGACUUCUACUCCAAGUUCUCCACGGGCUCCGUGCCCAUCCCGUGGCAGAGCGAGAUGAUAGAAACCGAGUGCUUUAAGGAGCUGAACGUGUUCGGACCUAACGGUACCCUCUCACCGGACCUGAACAGAAGUCACCCUCCAGAACCGCCGAAGAAAGGGCUGCUUCAGAGGAUCUUCAAGCGUCAGCAUCAGAACAAUUCCAAGAGUUCACCCAAUCCCAAGACCAGUUUUAACCACCACAUAAAUUCAAACCAUGUCAGUUCAAACUCCACCGGAAGCAGCUAGUUGGAGCUCUGGCCUUGAAGUCCGCGGUGGGACCAGCCUAGACCCUUGUCCUUAGCAGCAGAACUUGUGGACGGGGGAGCCCUCCAGGAGCCGGGAAGGAGGCCGGCUGCCUCCUUGACACAGAGCCUCCAGGUUUCUCAAAGAGAUUUCCACUCAGGUCUGUCUCCAGAGGUGGCCCUCAAGCCGACGUGGAACAUUGCAAUAGAAAUCCAAUUGGAUACGACAACUUGCACGUAUUUUAAUAGCGUCAUACCUAGAACUGAAUUUUGUCUUUAUUAUUUUUAAAGAAAAGUUUUGUAAAUUUCUCUAUUGUCUCAGUUUACAUUUUGUAUAUUUGUAUUUAAAUGAAAGUCAGAUUUUGAGGGUGUAUAUUUUCUGUGCAGCCACUGUUAAGCCAUGUGUUUUAAGGCAUUUUAGAGUGGGCGGGGUGGGGGGGGAUUUAC